UUUUAACGAGGCACCCAAAAACAGAGUUGAAUUUAAUAUAUAGGGACUCUGUUUCUGCCACUCCCAUUUAUCUAUCUCUCUUUCUGUGCUUAUAGAAAACUUUACGUUACAACGAUCUUACACCAAGUAUAGCUAGACAUCCAAAUCUCAUUUCCUUCCAUUUCAAAUCCCACUUUCAUUUCUCCAUUACUCUUAUUUCUCUCUCUAACCCACUUUCUCUCUCUCCUCUCCUCCAAAAAAGAGAUGUGAAUCUGAUGAAUUUGAGUUUAAGCUGUUUUUGCAGUGAAUGGGUUGCAUGCUCUCUCGUUUGGCUUCCAAAUUCGCCUUCUUUCCGCCGUCGCCGUCGACUUAUCUGAUCAGAAAGCGAGACGGCGACGGUCGGCUUACGGUGGUUUCGACGGCGGCGGGAGCGGUGGGGUCGGUGGUGGAGGACAGUUUGUUGGAUGUUUUGAUGAUUGAUACGAAAUGUGGGAAUAAGAUAGUGGGAUUUUAUUUGAGGAAUCCUUGUGCGAGACUUACUCUGCUUUACUCCCAUGGCAACGCUGCAGACCUUGGCCAACUCUAUGACCUUUUUCUUCAGCUUAAACGUAAUCUCAGAGUUAAUCUUAUGGGAUAUGACUAUUCUGGCUAUGGAGCUUCAACUGGUAAGCCGAGCGAAUCAAAUACGUAUGCUGACAUCGAAGCGGUAUACGAGUGCCUUGAAACUGAGUAUGGAGUCAGCCAAGAAGACUUGAUCUUGUAUGGGCAAUCGGUUGGAAGUGGACCAACGUUGCAUUUGGCUUCUAAACUGCCACGGUUGAGGGGUGUCGUGCUGCAUAGCGCAAUCCUUUCGGGUCUACGGGUUCUAUGCCAUGUGAAGUUCACCUGUUGCUUUGACAUUUAUAAGAAUAUUAACAAAAUUAAGAAGGCGAAGUGUCCUGUGCUUGUGAUACAUGGCACGGACGAUGAUGUUGUCGACUGGCUUCAUGGAAAUGGAUUAUGGAAAAUGUCGCAAGAACCAUACGACCCUCUAUGGAUAAAAGGAGGAGGACACUGCAACUUAGAGCUUUAUCCAAACUACAUCCGCCAUCUUUGCAAAUUCAUCCAAGAUAUGGAGAACAUUACCACGAAAGUUCGCCUAAAAAAGAUUCGACAAACUUGUGAUCUACCAAAAAGAUCAUGUUGCUGUGCAGUCUCUUGUGAUGGAUGCUGCUGCAAAGUGAAAUGCUGGCGACCACCAAAAUGUUCAAGACCAAGCUGUGCAGGUUGCUGCUCGAUACGGUUGAAAUGCCCCGAAUCCUGUAAACCCAGAUGCCCAAAAUGCCCGACGCCAAUGUGCUGCUUCAGCUGCUCCUCCAUCACCAGUUGUUUGGCUCAAUGGAGAUUCAGUAACUGUUGUAGCAGCUGUUUCCAAUGGAGAUGCUGUUGUGAAAGAGGGUCCUCCAAUGGGUAGGAGGGGAGGGAUUUUUCAUGGUGGUUUGUAUAGAAGAACGCUGGAGGAAGAAGGUAUUUUUACCAGAUAAAUUCUUUUCGGGGACAAGAUUUUAUUUAAUGAUGUUCAGUUAUUUUAAG